AUGACAGAGGCCGAGGCCGUGUACCGCUACGAGUCCGGAUACAUCUCCCACAGCGCGAAGAAGGAUUAUGGGCCAUUGGACUUCACCGGGCGCAUAGCCGGAGGUUUGCGACUCGACAUUCGCAGGAGGGCGCCGCUAUUUUGCAGUGAUUGGACGGAUGCCUUCAUGCCAGAGAACUUCCAAAAAUCGGUGUCUUCAAUCUUGUAUCUGUUCAUAGCAGCCCUUGCCCCUGCGAUUACCUUCGGCAGCCGGUUCCUUGAUGGCACGAAUGGCCAGUUCGGAGUGUUGGAAAUGAUAAUGAGCACGUCGAUAUCGGGGUUGAUCUUCUCAACAUUUGCGGGGCAGCCGUUGUCAAUCCUUGGAGCUACGGGUCCCUUCUUGGCCUACACCUUGGUCGUCUACGACCUCGCGAUUGCGGUCGACAUAGAGUUCAUGCCAUUUUACUUCUGGACCUGCAUGUGGUGCUCGGUGUUCACUAUCCUCGUGGCGGUGUUCGACCUCUGCGCACUCAUGAAGCACGUGACCAUGUUCAGUGAGGACAUCUUCGCGGGACUGAUAUCUUUGAUCUUCAUCAUCGACGGAGUGAGGCCAAUCAUCGAAAAUUUCGCGGAGAGCAGGCUCACGCUCACGAAUUGCAUGUUCGAGAGUUUGCUUUUCCUAUGGACAUUUGGAUGGGCCACAUACUUGUCCAGCUUCCGGCGUACACCCUGGACAUUCCGAGCCAUCCGCAACUUUGGGGCCAACUUCGCGGUCACCAUCGCCUUGGUUUCGGGUUCAGCAAUGGCCGCCAUUUACUCGAACGAGACGGGCUUGAGGAUGUUGCAGGUAGAUGCUGACUUCGCCCCGAACUUGAGCUUGUCCGAUGGCAGCAAGCGGCCCUGGAUCGUGAAUCCUGCGGGCAUCGACCGCCCGUUCCCGGCUUGGGGCAUUGCGUAUGCUGUGCUGCCAGCCAUUGGCUUUGCAGUGUUGGGAUACUUGGAUCAGAACCUCACCAGUGUGAUUGUGAACCGACCAUCCAACAACCUGAAGAAGCCUCCUGCAUAUCACCUGGACCUGUUCGUGCGUGGUGCACUCACACUUCCUGUUUGCGCAGUGCUGGGCCUGCCCCUCUCCGUGGCCUCCACGGUGCCGAGCAUCACGCACGUGAUCUCGUUGACCACUUACGAGGUGCAGCAGCUUCCGGAAGGUGAGCGCAAGGUGCCUACGAAGGUAGUGGAACAGCGCGCUACUAAUUUCCUGAUCCAUGUGCUGAUAGGGCUUGCGCUCUUCCUUGCGCCGGUGCUGAAGUUCUUGCCGCGGGCCGUGCUCCAGGGCGUGUUCUUCUACAUGGGCAUUGCAUCCUUGACCGGCAACAACUUGUUCGACCGCUUGAAGCUGUGGCUCAUCUGGGACCCGGCCAGGUACCCACAGUACCACUACGUCCAGAAGCUUCCGAUCAAGCGGGUGCACCUGUACACCUUGGUCCAAGUAGUCUGUCUUGGCAUUCUCUAUGGUUUGAAAGCCAUUAAGGAAACCUCCGUAGUGUUCCCGUUCUUCAUGGCGUCCUUGGCCAUCAUUCGCAAGGCCCUGAAGUGCAUGUUCACGGAGGAGGAGCUGAAGCAGCUGGACUCUCUUCCUGGGGAUGAUGAUGAGGAGGUUGAGGCAUCAAAGCCGGGAGCCGAUCUCGUAAACCUGGAGGGGCAGGACGAGACGUCUAAGAAGGAGGUCUCCAAGUGGCGAGACGAGAUUCGUGACUGGCGGAAGCUUUCUGUGGAGGAGACGGCCAAGGAUUUCCAGCGCGGUGAACCACCACCUGCUCCCAAGACGCCGCGUCUCUACUCGACGCAUCUUAGGCGGCAGUCGCACUCCGUGGUCCGACAGCGCGAAGGACUGAUCCAGGCCGUGGCCGUGGGCACACUCCAGGCCGGCCAAGAUGGAACCUAUUGGUCACCCAGCCAUGAGGCGCCCAGCAGGCGACAGAUUGACGUGCGAGCGCCCUUGUCGGUGGCCUGGUCCCGGACCUCCGGAGCACCGCAGCAAGAGCCAAGGCCAAGUCCGGAGCUCAUCGUGUCCCGCGAUCAGGACAUCUUCCAGCUCAGUGCGGCUUUCCCUGGGAAGCGAUGUGGCCUGGUCUGCUUCGCUACCGGACCCCCGUCUUUUCGAGACUUGCGGGAAUCGCAGCUUUUCUUCAGGACGACAUACCUGUAUGCAGUGGAGGAAAUGCCCCGACAGAUGCACCGGGAGGUGCAAGAUGUUCUCGGCCAGGGCUCGCUUAUCUACACAGCCCCGGUGACGGUUCUCAGGGGCGAGCUCCAGGCAGGAGCACCGUGGCUCGCGGAGCCUGUUGAGAUCGAGGUGCUGACGGCUGGAAUCCAGCGUACUCCGCAGGGAGAUGUGCACGAGCAGUAUGCGCGGCUGACGGAGAAAGCCGACGUUGCCAAAAUGCUCGACGAUCUCUUCGUAUGUGCCGCAGAGAAGGGGAUCGAGGUCCUUAUCCUCCCCCCGUUCGUAGGCGGCAGCUGUGGAUGCUUCCAUCCUCCAGCCGAUGCCGGCGAAGUGCUUCGCAAGGCUGCGCUCUCUUCUUCGAUGGAGACGGUUGUCGUGGCUCCUAUGCUGGUCGGGGUACUGACUGGCUGGGCCUCCUUCAGUGACGCGGUCCUCAAGGGGAGGCCACCUAUUCCUCGACAGCCGCCGAUUCCACUGCAUCUGUCGCCCUACUUCGGCUGCUACCUUGGCAAGAAGAAACCCGACUUCACGGUGUUUACGCUCGGCAAAGCCGGCCAAGCUAAUGCUCUCGCCGCUGCAGCCAAAAGGUCUGCUUCGGCAAAUCAGGAGCCAAGUCCUUGA